AUGUCAUACAAACCUCCUCAAACUGAUUUGACAGGAUGGCGACUCAAAGUAGGAGAAGAUUCUCAUGGACAACAAAAGUGGAUAUAUCUUCAUGAUCCUAAAGAAAGAGAAUCAUGGCCUCAAGACGUUACUGAGAAGUACUGGCUAGGCUUAGAUACAUGUUCACCUGAAUUGUCAACUCCCAAUACACCUUUGGAAUCAGCUAGAAAUGGAUUCAAGUUUUACAAGCAAUUACAAUCUCAUGAUGGUCAUUUCUCAACCGAAUAUGGAGGUCCACUCUUUCUUAUACCAGGACUAGUGAUAGGACUGCACGUAUGUGGUCAACAACUUCGUCCAGAACAAUCUACAGAGAUGAAGAGAUACCUUCUGAACAAAUUGAGGAAAGAAGGUGGUUGGGGAUUACAUACAGCAGCGCCUCCAACUGUAUAUGGAACAGUCCUGAACUAUGUUGCUCUUCGUAUAUUAGGUAUGGGACCUGAUGAAGGACCAAUGACACGGAUCAGAGGGCUAAUACAUGAGAUGGGAGGAGCAACCGGUAUACCAAGCUGGGGUAAAGUCUGGUUAAGUGUUUUAGGUGUUUAUGAAUGGGAAGGAGUGGGUAGUAUACCGCCCGAGUUAUGGUUAUUACCUGACUGGCUACCAUUUGCACCUUGGAGAUGGUGGAUUCACGUUAGACAGACAUUCACACCAAUGAGUUAUCUUUACGGUACUCGAUUCGUCGGUCAGUAUACUCCAUUGAUAUUUGCGUUGCGUCAAGAACUCUACACACAACCAUACGAAUCUAUCAAAUGGUCGGCACAGAGAAGCAACAUCAACCCCAUCGACAUAUAUUGUCCUCAUCAUCCAGUAUUAGACUUUGCUCAUGGAGUUUUAGCAUAUUACGAGGCCUUACCUAAUAUACCGAUACUCUCAUCUUCUCUUCCAUUAAGGAAAUUAGCUAAUAAGCGUGCGUACGACUUAUUAUCAAUGGAAGAUGAAAAUACAGGAUAUCAAACUAUUGGACCUGUUUCAAAAGUUUUCAACAUGGUUUGUAGAUAUGCAAAAGAAGGACCUGAUUCCAUCGCUUUCAAAUCACACUUAUCCAGAGUAGAUGACUUUCUGUGGUUGAGCAAAGAUGGAUUAAUGAUGAUGGGUACAAACGGUUCACAACUUUGGGAUUUAAGUUUUAUGGCUCAAGCAAUGGUCGAGACUGGUUUAUCAGAAGAUGAAGAUAAUAAAAAAAGUGUCUUGAGCAUGUUGGAUUGGUUAGAUAAAGCUCAAAUGAGAGAAAACCCAAAAUGGUUUAAAGAGAAUUACAGGCACAGGACUAAAGGCGCUUGGGCUUUCUCAACUCCCGAACAAAGUUACACUGUAAGCGACUGUGUAGCCGAAGGAUUAAAAGCAGUCAUCGCGAUACAAUCAUUAUCGUACGCGCCGAAAACGUUAGGUUUGGAUCGAAUGAGAGAUGCAAUAGAUACUUUGUUGACUAUGCAGAAUCCAAGUGGUGGCUUUGCGAGUUAUGAACUUAUGAGAGGUAGUACCAAAAUGGAAUAUCUCAAUGCUGCAGAAGUGUUCGGAAACAUCAUGGUUGACUACAUGUACCCUGAAUGUACCACCUCGGUUCUCUCAGCCUUGAAACAUUUCAGCAGACUUGAUCCCACCUACCGACCGGAAGAUAUUCAACGGACAGUCAGUAAGGCCAUUGAAUACCUUCACGAUGUUCAAAGACCUGAUGGUUCUUGGUACGGAUCUUGGGGUAUAUGUUUCACAUACGCUACUAUGUUUGCACUCGAAUCUCUUGCUAUAGCAGGGGAGACUUGCGCGAAUUCAGAAAGGGUUAGAAGAGCAUGUAAAUUCCUAGUGGACAGACAGAUGGAAGAUGGUGGAUGGGGUGAAACGUAUAUGUCAUGCGUGACCAUGGAGUAUGCUCAACAUGAACAAUCUCAAGUGGUUCAGACUGCUUGGUCAAUAUUGGCAUUGAUAUAUGGUCAAUAUGAAGAUAAAUCAGUGAUUGCGAGGGCUACCAAAUUGAUCAUGAGUAGACAGAAGUCUGAUGGAAGAUGGGAACAAGAGGAUACGGAAGGAAUCUUCAAUAAGAACUGUGCUAUUGACUAUCCUGCGUUCAAAUUCAUCUUCUGUAUAUGGGCUUUGGGCAGAGCGGACAAAUAUAUGAGAGGCGACCGUCAUUGA